AUGGUGCUAUCAGCACUGGCUUCGCCAUGGAUGGAGUUCGUAGCGGGUUCAUCGAUCAACGUGGGGAUGAAAGCAGCUUUUCCCACUCCCCCGUACUUGUUGGAGCUGCUGGAGACGGCUGCGGGAGAGGACGCGAAUGCGUACUUUCCUCUUCUCGACGAAAUUGCUGCUGGCACAUUCAGAGCCGCCAAAACUGAUCAGGCCCUGUAUGAGAAGUUUGUUGAGGUGCUUGAGGCCAAGAACUUAGUUCAAGGCCGCGAGGGGCUCUCGACAUUCAAGCUGGCUCUUGCUCUCCGGGCGUCCGCUCCGCGGAUCGAAGCUCAUUAUCAGUACUACGAGACUGCAGCCGCACCCUCCGUCUCAGAGCUCGAGCUUGGCUGUGAGAACUGGAUAUUGUUUGACGGCCACGGCUACUGCACACCAACCUUUGAUCAGGCUGGGGCUAACGUGAAAGACGAGUCUCAAUCACGCCUCCUGCCAUUCGACCGCGAGCUGGGCAGCGGCCCGGCUGCGGUUCUCUACGCAAAUCCUAAUCACGCCGACUUUUCGUCGCUUCAUCAGCAGCUCGUGGCUAAGGCGCGCAACGGAGAGUUGACUUACCGGUUGAGAUAUCAGUCACAAUCGAGGGAUCUCGCCGAGCCUUUGCCAGUGAGCGGAUACGGAGUGGAGCUGCAACUCAAGCGGACGGAUUACAUCGUCAUCGACGAUCGUGAAGCUGCAGCUGUGGAGGCUGAGCCGAAAGAAGGAUCGACAGCUCAGGUGGUGCUUGAUGACGAGGAAGCGGUAUCAGACCUCAAGCCUCUGUCAUCAUCAGAAGUUGCAUUCCUCGGACACAAAGCUUCGUCCUUCAUCCUCAACAGCGACGCGCCUUUGACGACCCUGGUCAAAUUGACCCAGGAUUUCCCAAAGUUCUCCGCCUCCAUCGCGGCGCACAACACAUCAGAUGAUUUCUUCAACGAGCACCAAGACAACAGGGGCAUUCUGGUACCAGCUGGCAUGAACGUGCUCUGGAUGAAUGGACUUCAGAUGACGGACAGGCAAAUCGACCCGUACACAUUGAUCGAAAAUAUCAGGCGGGAACGGAAGUUCAUCAAAGGAGUGACAGACAUUGGCUUGACGGGUGAGCAAGCAGUCGCACUUCUCGGCCAUCACGAAGUAUCCGCGGCAAGUGGAUCAGAGGAGUCUGAGAGAUUCGACUGGACCGAUCGUAGCGAGGAUGGCAGGGUCAUCAUAUGGCUCAACAAUCUCGAGAAGGACUCGCGAUAUGCCAAGUUUCCUUCAAACAUCAUGGCUCUUUUGCAACGAAGCUAUGGUGGGCAAAUCAACCCGAUCCGCAAAGAUGUGUUCAACCUGGUGGUUCCAGUCGACUUCAGCAACCCAGAUGACUUGACAUUGGUGGUAGAGCAGCUCAUGAGCUUUAUACAACGAACGCUGCCAGUUCGCUUUGGCCUCGUCCCUCUAACAUCUACAAAAGAUGCCGAGGACCAGGCCAAGCUUGCUUAUUAUCUGCUUGAGAACUAUGGGCUGGCUGCUUUUAUGGCGUACCUGCAAAAUUCUGCUGCAGAACCCGAAAUAUCACGGUCGAAGCAGACUGCCAACUUCGCCAAAGCAAUUGAUGGACGCAAGCUCCACGAAGACUCUGAGGCACUGACAAUGGAGGAGGUUCUCGGCUCAGAAAACUACAACAGCCAAAUCCAGCUUGCGCAGCGGUGGGUGCGGAGACUCGGCGCAGAUUCAAAGACACCCCCUGUAUUCUUCAACGGAUUCGCCAUCCCACGAGAUCAGGCUUGGCUGCAAACCAUGAGUCGGCGACUCGGUGCCGAUAUGCAGGUUGUCCAACAGGGAAUUUUCAUGGGCAACAUAAAUGAUGACAUGUGGAUUCCAGGUGUCUUCCUCCAGGGUGCCGCAAGCCGGCGCAAUCCCUACGUCUUGACCAGCAGUGAUAACCCUCUAGUGGUCAUGAACAUCAACAAGCUCUACACUGAGCACAAGGACAUGUUCGACGGGCUCACUGUGAUAGAGGAAGACGCGGGGUCUUCGCAAUCUACACUAGCAGUCUUGACUGUUCUGACGAACCUCGAGACUGAAGAGGGCAAAAAGUUACUAUUAUCAGCUGCGGCGUUCCGUCGCAGCAACCCUGGGGUACGCCUCGAGAUUGUUCCGAAUCCUUCUAAUGCGGUUGCUGCCGAUUCAAUCAAUCAUGCACUGCAAGGCCAAGCUCAAGAAAUCCUCAAAGCGACGACAUCCGAUGAGCUGGCUGCAAUUCUGAGCCGUCCUAUAACCGCUAUAUACAAUGGCUUCGACGAGAAGCUGGCCCCGUUCUUGAAGGCAGUCGGUGUUACCCCUGGCGCACAAGUUGUGCUCCUCAAUGGCCGCGUCGUGGGACCAUUCAACAAAGACGCACCGUUUACGGAGGAAGAUUUACAGCAGCUACUCGAGUACGAGCAGGCAGCUCGCAUCUCUCCGGUAUACCGCGCUGUAGAGGCUCUUGGUCUCGUUGACAAGAUUUGCGACCCAAUCGCAGCUGCGAAACUGACGUCCAUCACCGCGCUGUCAACAAUCUCUGAUGUGCCAGAAGGCAUAUUUGAAUCGGCACCGACUGUUCGAACCACCAUGUACGACAAGUUCAAGUCUGAGCAUACCAUGUUCGAGGUUGGUGACGCGGCAACGGCAAGUAUCCAGCUUGCAGCUGUCCUCAACCCUGUUAGCGAACAGUGCCAGAAGUGGGCGUCGAUUCUCAAGGUCCUCUCCGAGCUCGAUGGCGUGUACUUGCGCGUGUUCCUCAAUCCCCGCGACCGACUUGAUGAGCUGCCGAUCAAGCGCUUUUACCGCCAGGUAUUUGAGUCUGCACCGUCCUUCGAUGCUCACGGUAAGGUCGCUCCAAGUGUAGCAAGAUUCACUGGUGUGCCCUCCGAAGCCCUUCUCAACCUGGGCACCAAUGUUCCUCCCGCCUGGCUGGUAUCUGCCAAGGAGACUGUGCAUGACCCUGAUAACCUCAAGCUCGCAUCCAUCAAGGGCGAUGUUGAUAUCGUUUACGAACUUGAGCACAUCCUGAUUGAAGGUCAUUCGAGGGACAACAAUGGGUCGCCGCCUCGUGGUGCUCAGCUUGUCCUCGGCACCAAGCAGAACCCCCAUACUGCAGACACUCUGAUCAUGGCGAAUAUUGGCUAUUUCCAGUUCAAGGCCAAUCCAGGCUACUACAACAUAGAGCUCAAAGAAGGACGUAGCUCUGAAAUCUUUGAGAUCGAGAGUGUUGGUACCCAAGGCCACGCUGCUGUGCCUGGUGACGAGGGUACUGAGGUUGCCCUGAUGAGCUUCGAAGGCGCGACUCUCUACCCUCGCCUGAAGAUCAAGCCAGGCAAGGAAGAAGAGGAUGUGCUCGAAGAGAGCAGCUCUACUGGCGGAGAUGAUCUGCUGUCUCGCGGCCUUAAGUUCGCCGAGGGACUACUCGGGAGUUCCAAGUCCAAGUCCAAAGCUGUCGACAAGGUCAAACACGCCGAGAUCAAUAUCUUUUCUGUGGCGAGUGGUCAUUUGUAUGAGCGAAUGCUCAACAUCAUGAUGGUCUCCGUCAUGAAAAACACGAAACACAGCGUCAAGUUUUGGUUCAUUGAGCAGUUCCUGUCCCCUUCCUUCAAGGAGUUCAUCCCACAUCUCGCAGCCGAGUAUGGCUUCCAAUACGAAAUGGUCACCUACAAGUGGCCGCAUUGGCUGAGACAACAGAAGGAGAAGCAGCGCGAGAUAUGGGGCUACAAGAUCCUGUUUCUCGACGUACUCUUUCCCCUUUCCCUUGACAAGGUAAUCUUCGUCGAUGCUGAUCAGGUUGUACGCACUGACAUGAUCGACCUUGUCAAUCACGACCUCGAGGGCGCACCGUACGGAUUCACGCCCAUGUGCGACAGCCGCACCGAGAUGGAAGGCUUCCGCUUUUGGAAGCAGGGCUACUGGGCUAACUACCUACGCGGCCUACCGUACCACAUCUCAGCCCUGUACGUCGUGGACUUGAAGCGCUUCCGUCAGCUCGCCGCUGGCGAUCGUCUCCGCCAGCAGUACCACACACUCUCUGCUGACCCCAACUCUCUGGCCAACCUGGACCAAGACCUGCCAAACCACAUGCAGUUCAACAUCCCGAUUCACAGCCUGCCGCAGGAGUGGCUCUGGUGCGAGACGUGGUGUAGCGACGAGAGCCUCAAGGAAGCCCGCACCAUUGAUCUGUGCAACAACCCGCAGACCAAGGAGCCCAAGCUGGACCGCGCACGGAGGCAAGUUCCUGAGUGGACUGUCUACGAUGACGAGAUUGCCGCGGUCGAUCGCAAGCGUAAGGGCUUGCCGCCAGUGGCGCAUUCAUCGCCUGUAGUUCAAAAGGACGAUGCUGGCGAUGGGGCGGUUCAUAUCAAGCCAGGCGAUGUUGACAACAGUCAGAAGGUCAUGCGUGGAGAUGACAAGAGGAACACCAAGAGCCGCACUCUGCAAGAAGAGCCGACCUCGUCUGCGUCUGUCAAAGAUGAGCUAUAG